AUGCUGGAGUCUCCCCGGGACAGUGCACAGUUUCCGCUAAUCGGACAGGAGUUAGAGGACAGUAGGAACAAGCUGAGGAAGACUGCCCGCUAAUUUUGAAGAGGGAAAUUAGCUGAUAUGUUAGUCUGAAGAAACUACGCACGGACAAGUCUGUAAAACUGGACACGGAGCCACAUUGGAUUAUUUCAUUCAUUCAGCAGCUGAGAAAGUUUUCCCAGAUGGAAGUUGAAUGUCUUACACUGAAAGACCUCACAAGUCCCAGGAAAAGUUUCUCGGUGGAGCCGGAGGAGGAUGGGGGCCAAAGUGAACAAAAGGAAAACAUCGGCACAGAAAGGAGAAGAUCCACGCCACUAAAGUCUGCAGAGUCCACCAUCCCUGCUUUGCUGAUAAACAGAAAGGGUGCCACCCCUGACCUGGCCCACAUCACCCCCAUCAAACACACCGCCCUGACCGAGCCCUGGACGCCCACGGCCAAUCUGAAGAUGCUGAUCAGUGCCGCGAGCCCAGACAUCCGGGACAGAGAGAUGAAAAAGGUGCUGUUUAGACCCAUAGAGAAUGAGAAGGACCAGUCAGCAAGUCCAGACACUGUGGGCGAGGAUACAGAGGUGGAAGACUCUUGUCAGUUUGAAGCUGUGGAGGAAGAGGAAGACUCCGACAAAAAGCCGAGCAGGAAGCAGAAGAGUCUGGGUCUGUUGUGCCAGAAGUUCCUGGCACUCUAUCCUGAUUACCCACCGCUACACAGCCCCAUCUGGAUCUCUCUGGAUGAGGUGGCGACCAGUCUUGGAGUGGAGCGGCGGCGUAUCUACGACAUUGUCAACGUGCUCGAGUCUCUCAUGAUUGUGGGUCGGAUAGCCAAAAACAGCUACACCUGGUACGGGCGGCGGCGGCUGGAGGAAACACUGGAGGAGCUGCAGCGGAGGGGGCGGCAGCAGGGCUACCACCUCCAAAUGGAGCUGGCCACCGAAGCCAGGGAGGCUGCACCGGGGCGCAAGGACGAUGGAGCGGAAGGAGACGCUAGCAACGCUGGUGGCAACAGGAAAGACAAAUCCCUGCGCAUCAUGAGCCAGAAGUUUGUCAUGCUGUUCCUGGUGUCCAAAACUCAGACAGUUACUCUGGACGCAGCAGCAAAGAUCCUCAUUGAGGAGAGUCAGGACUCAUCCAGUCACAGCAAGUACAAAACUAAGGUGCGGCGACUAUACGACAUCGCAAAUGUGCUGACCAGCCUGGGCCUGAUAAAGAAGGUUCACGUCCGGGAGGAGAGGGGCAGGAAGCCGGCCUUCAAGUGGCAUGGCCCUGUUGAAUUCAAAAACUCUGGAAAUGCUGCUGGAGAAAAUACUGUGAAUGUGGCAGCUGUCACCCUGCCCCAGGACUUUAGAAAAGCCAAGAUGGCACGGCACGCCUCGUUCAACAUUGCACCUAAUUCUGUGGCCAUACAGCGGCUGGUCAACUCUGCACCCAGCAGUCCACGACGAGACCUUAUGGGUCAGCUUAACCAGCCUGUGGAUUUCUCCAAAAAGUCUACAAGCAACCAUGCAGUGUGCCUGCAGUUUGGAAACAGCACUGAUAACCGUCCCAUCUGCCAAAGCCGCAGCAGCACGCUGGCUCCGUCCUCCACCCACCCCGCCCUCCUGGCACCUUCUCUCCACCCAGAGCACCCCCACUGCUUGGCCUACCUGCCCAGCCUGUCCCAGCCCUCGGUGGUCAUGCUGUACAGGGCGCCAGACAAGCCUGACCAGAUGCCUGAAGGUCCGAGAUCGCCCCGGCUGGAGUCUGAGGAGGGGAGGAAGAGGAGGAGGGAAGAGGAGGUGACGGUGUUGAAGAAGAAGGGGAGGUCUGGGUUAGAGGAAUGUGACCAGAUGGGAGCUGAAGCUCACAGUGAAGCACUAGAGUAUUCACAGACGGGUAACACUAGGACUUCCCCCAGUCGCCCAGCAGGCCUCUCCACAGAGCGGACGCUGAAUGACUGUCUAUGCAGCAACAGCAGCAGUGAGCCGGCCCAGCCAUCACACUACCUCUAUGUACCCAACAACGCAGGUCUAAAUAGCCUCAACUUCCUCCUCUCUGGCGGCCAGCCACCAGCCGGCCUAGCACUUCCUCCCAGCAGUGUUCCCACCCUGGCGCUGCCCUACGUCCUGGUUCCCUCUGCAGCACUCUCCCACUACCCCCUGGUGGCCAGCACUCUACAACAGCAAGGCUCCGAGGCCCAAAACAACCUGAGCUUUAGCCUGCCUGCUGUGAUGUCCCCUGCCCACUUUAUGGUGGGGGCGGCGCCGUACGGCUGGUCAGCAGCAUCAGAGAUCAGCACGUCACCCGUUUCAUCACCGUCCACUCCAGAACAGAGCCGGCUGUACGGAUCAGCAGGCGCUCCACAUUCUCCCUCAGCGCCACGUCAGACAGUCAGCAUCACCACACCAGAACCACUGACUCCGCACACACCGAAGGAAACCACACCCUCUGCCUCUAAGGCUUUCUUCCAGACCCCGGGCACACUGGGAAGUGUAGUCAGCGCCGCGCCAGCAGGCCGAAGAAGAGGCUCAGCACAGAGGAGACUGGACAUCGGCCACCCGCCAACCAGUUAGACACGCGAGGAGAUGGAAUAGGUGGCUGAUGUGCUGUUUGAACACUCAGGUGUUGAUCCUAACAGUGAAAACAUGGUUUCAAACCACUGGUGCUUUUUUAGUUUAUUAUUUAAUUAAUGACAGGUUUUCCUUCCAAAAUGCAGCAAUAAAAGGUUUUAGUAAGACACGGUUUACAAGACCUAAAAUUAACUAUUUCCUAAAAUAAACUUCUUCUUUUUUUGGAAUGCAAACAUUACAAGAUUUGACAUUUUGCUAAAUGAUCAUUACCAAUUGGUGGGUACCUCAUUCUUCAGUGAAACUCUUUCGUUAUUGGUCAUUAUGUUCAAACGGUCCAAAUGUGCCUCCUGGUUCAAUUAUGGGACGCCAGACUUCAGAGUGAAUGAGUGAAGCUGUGUUGCCAAUGCCACAGUGCCCUCCUGUGGUGGGAGUCGGCCACUGCUGUAUUUUGUAUUUGAGCCUUAAUUUCCCCUCCCAGACAUGAUCACGCUACCUAAUUCCCCACACCUUGUGUAUUAAAGCCCAAUCGCUAUUUAUAUUUUAGCUAAUAUAUGUUGAUUACAGGGACUGUAAUGGAACAUUAACUUUUUUUUUUAGCACUAAGUAUCUGACGGUCUAAUUUUGAAGUGAUUGUCGUUAGUUGGCCCCUUCAGGUUUUGUUACGUUAUCAAGGUGUAAUGAGAAAUCUUUUAGCGCCCAUUCACAUUAGCACAGUAGCAGACAAUCCUCUCGGCUCAUUUCGGAUAUUACUGUAAGGAGAAAAUCACAAAAGCCUUAAAAUGUUUACAGCCAGCCAAGAAGUUCAAGGAACAGUUCUUGGACUUCUUGAUGCACAGCAGAUGCAUUCAUGUACUGGUGCCGUGUAUGUUUCACAGUGUAUCUGCAACCAUGGUGCUUAAUGGUUAAACACCAAACCCUUUAGCUCUGUUACUGACAGACUGUCCUUUAGACAAUGUGAUGUGACAAUGCUCUCAGGUACUUGAAUACUUGGAUUUUGGAGAAAUGUCAGAGUACUGUAAAGCUUUUUUUAAUCCUUAUUAUAUCAGGGAAAGUAGACUGAGCUAUCAUUCAUACAGUCGGACACAUUUGGGAGACACCCAGUAUGACGACAAAACUCUGAUUGGACAGAUAGUCUAGCUAGCUGUCUGGAUUCACCCUGCAGAGAUCUGAGGAGCAGUUAACCAUAGUCCUCAC